ACACACACCUUGUUGCUCCUCACCUGGGCUAGGAGAGCGCAGAGCCCAGGCACCAUGCACAAGGACAGCGCGUCCCCCUGGGAUAUGGGGCUACUUCGCACCUUUGACUCCACGGAGUUUACCGGCUGGGAGAAAGUCGGCUCUGGAGGGUUCGGACAGGUUUAUAAAGUCAAACACGUCUACUGGAAAACAUGGCUCGCUAUCAAGUGCCCCCCGAGUCUGCAUGUGGAUGAGAAAGAGCGUAUUGAGUUAGUGGAAGAGGCAAAGAAGAUGGAACUUGCCAAGUUUCGAUGCAUUCUACCUGUUUAUGGGAUAUGCAGUAACCCAGUAGGCCUGGUCAUGGAAUAUAUGGAGACUGGAUCUCUUGAGAAACUGUUGGCUUCUGAAAUUUUACCUUGGGAUCUGCGAUUUAGGAUAAUUCAUGAGACCGCUGUGGGCAUGAACUUUCUGCAUUGCAUGACGCCACCACUGCUGCACCUAGACCUAAAACCUGCUAACAUACUACUGGAUGGGCAUUACCAUGUUAAGAUCUCGGACUUUGGUUUGGCCAAGUGGAACGGUUUUUCCAGUUCCCAUGAGCUGAGCAUGGAUGGAAUCUGUGGGACUAUCGCUUAUCUACCUCCAGAGCGCUUCAAGGAGAAAAACAGGAACUUUGACACCAAACACGAUGUCUAUAGUUUUGCAAUAGUCGUUUGGGGAAUCCUUACCCAGAGAAAACCUUUUGCAGAGGAGAAAAACAUUUUGCACAUUAUGGUGAAAGUAGGUGGCGGCAUGCGCCCCGAUCUGUCCUAUAUUCCCAAAAGCAGACCUCAUCAAUGCCAUGGUAUGAUCAAACUGAUGCAGGAGUGCUGGCAAGACAAACCCAACAUGAGACCCACAUUUCAAAUAAUUACAUCUGAGACUGAGCUUUUAUGUACAAGGCAUGAAGAUGAGACAAGAUCUGCCCUGGAGGAGGUGAAGGAAGAAUCAGAGUCGGAAGCUAAGUGCGAACCACCUCCUGCUUUCAAUAAAGAUUACAGCCUCUCCGAGUUACUGUCUCAACUGGACUCUGGAUUUUCACAGUCCUUGGUAGGACCAGGAUGCCUAAGCCAAAGUGCUUCUGAACCUCAACUGGCUUCCAGCGACAAGCGACUCUCUGGAGUAUCCUCUGUAGACUCUGCUUUCUCAUCCAGAGGUUCCCUGUCUUUGUCAUUUGAAAAAGAUUGUUCUGUUAUUGAUAUGAGCACAUCUGAAAUGCAGAAGAAGAAACUUACAGAUGCAAUUGUGGCAGGAGACACUGCAAAACUUAUGAAGAUUUUGCAGCCUCAAGAUGUCGACUUGGUUCUAGAAGAACGAUCCAGUCUGCUCCAUUUGGCUGUAGAGAUGGUGCAGGAAGAAUGCGUCAAGCACCUUCUGCUCUACAAUGCUAGCGUUAACCUGACCAAUGCGAAGGGCUUCACUCCCCUCCAUAUAGCUGCUGAUAAGAAACUGAGGAACAUUGUUGAGUUGCUAUUAGGGAAAAAGAUCAACGUAAACGCUAAGGAUGAGGAUCAGUUUACCGCCCUUCAUUUUGCCUCUCAAAACGGUGAUGAAUCUAUAACCAGAAUGCUUCUUGAUAAAAAUGCUUCUCUGAAUGAGGUGGACAGUAAAGGCCGCACACCCUUGCAUAUUGCCUGCCAGCAUGGACAUGAGAACGUUGUACGUGUUUUCUUAAGGCGGGGUGCUGACAUCUCAUUUAGGGGACUAGACAACUGGGUUUCUCUGCAUUACGCAGCUUGGCAGGGGCACUUCAACAUUGUGAAGCUUUUAGCGAAGCAACAAGGAGUUAAUCUAAACGCUCAGACAUCAGAUGGAAGAACACCAUUGCAUCUGGCUGCACAAAGGGGACAUUAUAGAGUUGCUCGGAUUUUGGUUGAGCUAAAUUGUGAUGUAAAUAUCCAAAACUCACAACUGAAGACCCCUCUUCAUAUAGCUGCAGAAACUGGUCAUACCAGCACAGCAAGACUGCUACUGCACCGAGGGGCAGCAUUUAAUGCCGUCACUGCAGAAGGUCACACUGCUCUGGACCUUGCAAUCAUGCACAGUCAUUCUUCUGCAGUAAAGUUACUAACAGGUGAAGAGACAAUCACUCAGGCAGAAUUAUAAAGAAAAAAGAAAUACUUUGAAUACAAGCACCUAUUUUUUAUUUAAAUUUUUUUAGCAAAUGCUGAAAAAGACAAAACUGAGUCUGUGAACUUUUGUUAUAUAAUAGAAUGUUUUAUUAAUUUCAAUGAAAGCAUCAAUACAUUUGUCAUUCCUUUUAAUUUUAUAAAAUGUUGUUUUUUUAUGCAUGUCCUAAAGAUGUUUAGAUAAAUACUUAUCUUGCAUAUAUUCAAAAUUCUCUGCACAUACACAGAGCUGAAGUAAGUACAGAUUCUGCAGCUUUAUAUUAAAUUCUUGUAGUUUAUGAUGUCAGCAGCGACUGACUGCAAAACAUUAAACUAAAUUUUUUUUUUUUAUUGAAAUUUUUAUUAAAUAGCUGUUUUUUUAUUUUUUUAUUGCUUAAUGUUGUUAUACUGCAGAGUCUUAUUAUAUAAAGUAAAGAGCUACCGAGAAUAUUAAAGCUAUUUUAUAGAAUACGUAAUAUUUUAUCACUUGUAGCUUCCUGGCUUGUGGGUUUUCUUAAGCUUUUGCCUAAGCACCCCCAGAUCAUAUACAAAAGUGUUCAGAGAAUGUGUAUAAAAAAGUAAAACUGAAAAGGGGCUAUUUGGCUCCAGCAUAAAAAAAAAAAAAGAUUACAAUUAUUGCUAACUCAUCCAGAACGCGCUUGAUUGCCAGUCGUGCAACAAUCAGCUUCUCUGUAUUAUCCAGGGUUGGUGAGGGAGGUACCAAUGUUGAAGUAAAGGAAAGAUGGUUAAAAAAAAAAGCAAAAAAAAAAAAGCCAACCUUUCGCAAUUCUUUUUUUUUUUUUUAGGUUUAACUUUAAUUAUACAAACAUGUAUAUAUGUUAUAUAAUUCUACCUGUAGAUGUUCAAGGACAUCAUUAUUUAGCACAUGUGAACUCAUCAGAAGAUAUUGUUUUCAGAUGAUGGAAAAGAUAUCAAUAUAUUGCUUCUUGGUUUAUAAUGUAUUUACAUAUGUUACUUAUGCUAGAAAGCACAUGUACAUUUCUAUACUGUAUGUAGGAGCCAUCAUUUUGUGCCAAAGUGUUUAUCACUAAUCCUGGAAGAUUUCUCUCUAGAAGCCAGAUUAUCAUUAUAUGGUUUAGUGCCUAAAGUCAUCUAUAUGGAUAUGAAAGUCAAAAUUUGAACUUUUGUGGUUCAGAUUGAGCAUGCAAGGGACUUUACAGUGUACUUUCAUUAUCAAAUUGAAUUUCUUCUCUUGUUAUUCUUUGUUGGAAAGCAUCUGUACAUAUCCUCAGCAGCAAUACACUACUGGAAGCUAGCUGGUGAUUGGUGGCUAGAUGCACGUCUCUUGUCAUUGGCUCAUCAGAUGUGUUCAGCUAGCUCCCAGUAGUGCAUUGCUCCCUUUGCAGUAGUUAAACACAUAGUUUAAUUCAUGCAACAGUGCAAUAAUAAAAUGCUUUUAAGCAUAAGAGCAUUUUCUUUUUGCACUUUUUAUUUCCCGUUAACUCAUUGUUGCCCAGAAGUUGUAGCAAAGUAUUGCUACCUACUGAGUUGCAGCCAAGGGUCUAAAAUGCAGUGCCAUAGAUGUUGUAUGUUACAAAGAACAAAGAUCUGUUCUGCCAGAAGGCUAUUUUAGUUCAAAUAUUUAGAUUCAUUUAAAAUAUUUGCCAGCUUCUCUAGGAUUCAGAACCUGACCUUGCAACAUUCCACACUGAAUGUAUGGUCAGUGCUGAAGCAUUUACACACUACCCCUUAUUGGCCACAACAACAAAUAGAAGAUAAACAUACUUGAGGGUUAUGUCCCUGAUCUGCAAAACAUUGCAAACAAAACAUCAGUUUUAAACAAUUUAUAUGUAGAUCUUUUGCAGCACAGUGUUUAAUUUCACAUAUGAAAAUAACAUUUUGGUACCUAGUUACUGUCAGUACCAAAAUAGUACCAAUGUGUGUAUAAAAUCAGCAUUGUAGCUGGUAACUCCCUUUUUGUCACAUAACUGGCAGAACAAACCGACACACCUGUUAAUGUACACAGGGCUGUGCCUCUGAUCAAGGAGCACGUGUAGUGUUUAGCAACAUGCAUUUCCAUUUGCUGAUCGCAUAAAUAAAGCUUUCUUCUUAUGUCUGCUGUAUGAACAGAUGUGCCAAGUGUAUAUCCUGCUGGAUCAAUUCUUUUUCUAUGACAGAAAAUAUUGUAGAGCUGUUUGAAUGUGUAUGUUAUAGUACACUGUUUUUCACAUUUCUAUUGUUUUGUUAAUGAUAUUUUUAGCAAUAAACAAUUUUUAAUGUUUCAA